ACGGUCACAUGCGCCCGCCUCCCAGCUGCUCAGCGCCCGCCCUCCGCCUGCGCACUCCGGAAAGCCCGGCCUCUGCCGGCGCAACUUCCGACAUGCCGGAGGCCCGGUUGCGCCUGCGUGCUGCCCCUGUGGGCGGGGCGGGCGAGUGCUGGGCCGGUGAGGUGCGGUGGCCUUGCAGCUCGGCAGCCGGAGGGUUUGAGGGGGCGCGGCCCGCGACAGGCGCAGCCGAGAAGGCCCGCUGUCCUCUUUCAGCCGUCGGGAGUGAACUGUGCGCUCCUGCCGCGGCGCUCCCGAGUCCUCGCCCCGGCCCCCGGCGCGCCGCGGGCGGCAGGGGCCUCUGGGUGUGGGCCUUUCUCCCGCCGUGCGGGUUUGGCGCCAUGGACGCCACAGCGCUGGAGAGGGACGCUGUGCAAUUCGCCCGGCUGGCGGUGCAGCGCGACCACGAAGGCCGCUACUCUGAGGCUGUGUUUUACUACAAGGAAGCUGCACAAGCUUUAAUUUAUGCUGAGAUGGCGGGAUCAAGCCUAGAACAUAUUCAAGAAAAAAUAAAUGAGUAUUUGGAAAGAGUCCAGGCUUUACAUUCAGCAGUUCAGUCCAAGAGUGCUGAUCCUUUGAAAUCAAAACAUCAGUUGGACUUAGAGCGUGCCCGUUUCCUUGUUACACAAGCUUUUGACGAAGAUGAGAAAGGGAACAUUGAAGAUGCCAUAGAGUUGUAUACGGAAGCUGUAGAUCUCUGUCUGAAAACUUCUUAUGAAACUGCUGAUAAAACUCUGCAAAAUAAACUGAAACAGUUGGCCCGACAGGCACUAGAUAGAGCAGAAGUGUUGAGUGAGCCUUUAACAAAACCAUUAUGCAAAAUUAAGUCAACGAAUAUUAAACCACAGCAACCUCCAACAAGAACACAUUUUCCGCUGGGAACUAAUCCCUUCCUGGAAAGGUCUCAGCCAUUUUUAAGUCCACAAUCAUGUGAUGCACAAGGACAGAAAUAUACAGUGGAAGAAAUAGAAGUGCUCAGGACAACAUCAAAAAUAAAUGGCAUAGAAUAUGUCCCUUUCAUGAGUAUUGAUCUGAGAGAACGUUUUGCUUAUCCAAUGCCUUUCUGUGAUAGAUGGGGCAAACUACCUUUAUCACCUAAACAAAAAGCUACGUUUUCCAAAUGGGUACGACCAGAAGACCUCGCCAGCAAUCCUGCAAUGAUUUAUACUGUGUCCAGUUUUAGCAUAAAGCAGACAAUAGUAUCAGAUUGCUCUUUUGUGGCAUCACUGGCUAUCAGUGCAGCAUAUGAAAGAAGAUUUAAUAAGAAGUUGAUAACCAGCAUAAUUUACCCUCAGAAUAAGGAUGGUGAGCCAGAGUACAAUCCAUGUGGAAAGUAUAUGGUAAAACUUCACCUCAAUGGUGUCCCAAGAAAGGUGAUAAUUGAUGACCAAUUACCUGUUGAUCAUAAAGGAGAAUUGCUCUGUUCUUAUUCUAACAACAAAAGUGAAUUAUGGGUUUCUCUUAUAGAAAAAGCAUACAUGAAAGUCAUGGGAGGAUAUGAUUUCCCAGGAUCCAAUUCAAAUAUUGAUCUUCAUGCACUGACUGGUUGGAUACCAGAAAGGAUUGCUAUGCAUUCAGAUAGCCAAACUUUCAGUAAGGAUAAUUCUUUCAGAAUGCUUUAUCAAAGGUUUCACAAAGGGGAUGUCCUCAUCACUGCGUCAACUGGCACGAUGACUGAAGCCGAAGGAGAGAAGUGGGGUCUCGUGCCUACACAUGCAUAUGCUGUUCUGGAUAUUAGAGAGUUCAAGGGGCUGCGAUUUAUCCAAUUGAAAAAUCCUUGGAGUCAUUUACGUUGGAAAGGAAGAUAUAAUGAAAAUGAUGUAAAAAACUGGACCCCGGAGCUGCAAAAAUAUUUAAACUUUGAUCCUCGAACAGCUCAGAAAAUAGACAAUGGAAUAUUUUGGAUUUCAUGGGAUGAUCUCUGCCAAUAUUAUGAUGUGAUGUAUUUGAGUUGGAAUCCAGGUCUUUUUAAAGAAUCAACAUGUAUACACAGUACUUGGGACGCUAAGCAAGGACCUGUGAAGGAUGCCUACAGCCUGGCUAACAACCCACAGUACAAACUGGAAGUGCACUGUCCACAAGGGGGCGCUGCGGUGUGGGUUUUGCUUAGUAGACACAUAACAGACAAGGAUGAUUUUGCAAAUAAUCGAGAAUUUAUCACAAUGGUUGUAUAUAAGACUGAUGGGAAGAAAGUUUAUUAUCCAGGUGACCCACCUCCAUACAUUGAUGGUAUUCGAAUUAAUAGCCCUCAUUAUUUGACUAAGAUGAAGCUGACCACACCUGGGACCCAUACCUUUACAUUAGUGGUUUCUCAGUAUGAAAAACAGAACACAAUCCACUACACAGUCCGGGUAUAUUCAGCAUGCAGCUUUACUUUUUCAAAGAUUCCUUCACCAUAUACCUUAUCAAAACAGAUUAAUGGAAAAUGGAGUGGUCAGAGUGCUGGAGGAUGUGCAAAUUUCCAAGAGACUCACAAAAAUAACCCCAUCUACCAAUUCCAUAUGGAAAAGCCCGGGCCAUUACUGAUUGAACUGAGAGGACCAAGACAAUAUAGUGUUGGAUUUGAGAUUGUAAUAGUUUCUAUGGUGGGAGAUCCUGGUCCCCAUGGCUUUCAGAGAAAAUCAAGUGGUGACUACAGAUGUGGAUUUUGCUACCUGGAACUAGAAAAUAUACCUGCUGGGAUCUACAAUAUCAUUCCCAGUACUUUUUUGCCUAAACAAGAAGGACCUUUUUUCUUGGACUUUAAUAGUAUUAUCCCUAUUAAGACAACACAACUUCAGUGAUGAAGAAUCUCUCAGCAAUUACUCAGCUCUUUAAAUGAGGAUACAAACCUCCAGGACACACAACAAUCAGAACAGAAUUAAAUCUAUAAACUUUACAUCAUCUGGUGCUCAAGACAUGGUGUUUAGUGGGUAUUGUAUAUAGUCAGUUACUCAAAAUCAUUUACAUUUAUAUGUUUUGUGUGUACAUGGAGUUGGCUUGCAGCGAAAGGGCCAUAUUGUGUAAAAAAGUGCAGAUGAUUAAGGAUUAGACUCAGCACUGUGAGAGGCCUUUGGUAAAGAGACCUCAGGCCAGACGGGGGCCACAGACUCACUGAGGGGAUGGGUAGGCUGACAUACAUUCUGAAGUAGUUACACAAUGUCUGUCUUUUUGGCAGAGCAUGUUGUAAAUUAAAUUUGCUUGUGUUGUGACUCUACAUUGUGGGCAACUAAUCACCAAGUGAAUCACAUCACUAUAACAUCUAAUUUUGCAUUAUUGUGACUUUAAAUGUUUAUUGUUGCCCAGAUGUUUUAUAAAUCUUUAAGAAAUAAUGAACUUAGCAUGAAGAUGCUCAUGCUUAACAAUGAAGGCCAUUGAAGUUAGAUACCUGUCUCCCACUGACUCAUGUAAAGAGAUUUACAAUAUUCAUUAUCGUAAUUCUUACUUUUUAUCAGGUUGGUGAAAGUAGUAAUCAGAGAUGAAGACAUUACAGCUUAGUUUGUAUAGUCUUUUAAAAAUUGCUGCGUAUAGUUCAGUGCUUUUAUGGAAACAACAUAAAGAAAAUCACAGUUGAGAAUUCAAUAUAUGGCAAUUAGGUUGCUUUCAGAAAAACUGCAAUUGCCAUGUGUAAAUUCUCAGUUUAUAUAAAAGUACAUCAGAGCAAAAUGAUGCUCAGAAUUUUCAACUGAAAAUAAGGUAGAAUUUUUCAUUAUUUCUACUUUAUAAUUAUCAAAUAUUAAUUUUGUAUUUCUAUCUCAAUUGAAAUAAAGUGUUUAUACUUUGGAAACUG